AUGGCUAGACCCUUUGAGUUGGUGAAGAACAUUAACGAUACGAAGGAGCUUUGGAAAGUUGUUGUUCUUAUACAUCACAAAUGGACCGUUCUCAAUAAGAACAAGGAACAUUUUGAGUUGGUUGUCGUUGAUAAAGAUGGUUGUGACAUCCAUGUCAACGUUCCACAUCCUUUUAAACAGGCUUAUGAUUCACUUUUAACCGUUGGCAACACUUAUACAAUCUCAAACUUCCAAGUCUCUCUUAAUGAUAUGCUUUUCAAGCCUUCAGAUCACAAAUUUAUGUUGACAUUUACUGGUGGUACAUCUGUUACCGACAAGAAUAAACAUCAAAUUCCUGCAAAGCCACUUAAAUUCACUUCUUUCAUUGAUAUUAUGUCUGGGAAUUGGAAAAAGGAUGUUCUAAUAGAUGUCAUUGGAAUGGUCACAGAAAUUGGCUACACCCAACUACAACAGGGGGGCAAGAAACAACAGAUCAAUCUAUCGUUGAAGGAUUUGGGCAACGUUUUGAAUUGCACUUUGUGGGAAGGAUAUGCAGUGCAGUUCCAUGAAUUCAGUAAAAAUAGAAAGGACACAACUCCCCUCAUUAUUGUUUUGCAAUAUGCAAAAGUCAAGGAAGAAGGAAAGUAUCCAUUAUGUGUUUCUAACACCUUCAAGGUUACAAAGUUGAUUCUCAAUGAUGACUUUCCUCAGAUUAAAGAAUUUAUUGAAAGCCUACCAAAAAUCAGUGAGGCUGAAUCUUCAAGUCAGGCUUUGAGCCUGUAG